CCUCCCCUAAACAGCAAGCAGGUCUGCACCGUGAGGGGUGUGUCGUUAAUAAGUAAUUAGACAGGGGUCACAGUAGCCACUUAUAUAAAGAGAUCCUCACAGCCGGGCAGCGCAGCUUUACGCGCACAGUUUUGGAGCAGGAGGGCGGACUGAGGAGCAGCAGCUUUGCGCACGUGUGUCCACUUGUUCUCCGUCUUCACUCCUCCCGGCGUCUCCUCUCUGCAUGAUGGGCUCCGUGCUGCCCGCCGACACCUUAGCUCUCAAGUCUGGAUUUAAGUGUCCCAGCCGCGCGCUCUCGGACGUGAUCACCUCGGACAUCCUGCACAGCUUCCUGUACGGCAGGUGGAGGAACGUGCUGGGCGAGCACCUGGCUGAGGAGCGGCACAGCAGCGGCGUCAGCAGCACAAAAACCGCCUUCACGGCCGAAGUUCUGGCCCAGUCCUUCGCUGGAGAGGUGCAGAAGCUGUCCAGUCUGGUUCUGCCCAGCGAGGUGAUCAUCGCCCAGAGCUCGAUCCCUGGAGAAGGUCUGGGCAUCUUCUCUAAGACGUGGAUCAAAGCAGGAACAGAGAUGGGGCCCUUCACGGGGAGACUCCUAUCCCCUGAACACGUGGAUCUACUCAAAAACAACAACCUCAUGUGGGAGGUGUUCAACGAGGACGGAACGGUGCGUUAUUUCAUCGAUGCCAGCCAGGAGGACCAGCGCAGCUGGAUGACUUACAUCAAGUGCGCUCGGAAUGAGCAGGAGCAGAACCUGGAGGUGGUGCAGAUCGGCAGCAGCAUCUUCUACAAGGCUGUGGAGACUAUUCCACCAGACCAGGAGCUCCUUGUCUGGUAUGGAAACACGCACAACACCUUCCUGGGAAUUCCUGGAGUCCCUGGAACUGAUGAAGAACAUCAUAAGAAAAACAGAAAUGACGACUCUCACGCCCUUGAUGGAUCUUCCUCCUGCUCUCCCUCCUCUUCCUCCUCCUCCUUCUCCUCCACCGCCGCCACCACCACCAGUGGGCGGAUGCGCUGCGUUAUUUGCCACCGCGGCUUUAACUCCCGCAGCAACCUGCGCUCUCACAUGCGCAUCCACACUCUGGACAAGCCCUUCGUCUGCCGCUUCUGCAACCGCCGCUUCAGCCAGUCGUCCACGCUGCGCAAUCACGUGCGCCUACACACCGGCGAGCGGCCCUACAAGUGCCACGUGUGUCAGAGCGCGUACUCGCAGCUGGCGGGCCUCAGGGCGCACCAGAAGAGCGCGCGGCACAAGCCGGCGUCGCCUGGCGUGGCUGACGCGGUGCCUCAAGCAUCUCCUCCUCCUCCUCCGCAGAUGACCGCCAUGGCGCACCAGAUGCCCCUGGUGCGGCACAUCCCCACUGUGGUGCUAUGAUGACUGUCUGUCACGCGCGGAACGACGUUGCACUUUAGGCCCAGGACUGUAAAGCGUGCUCUUAAAAUCACAAGCCUUCAUGAUGAUUAAAUGUCAACUUCAGUUCCCCGCCUUUCUCGUGGCCAAAUGACAUCGUGGAAAUUGUUGAUAUUUGUAUUUUGGAAUCUUAAAUAUUCGGACAAAAAUGUAGAAAAAAUGUUUUCUUUGCCUUUAGUGACUUCAAACUUCAGUUCAGGCUGAUAUUGUCUGUUUCAUCUCAUCCCACCAGCUCAGGUCUGUCCUUAGUUUUCCAACUGUCACUUUAACAUUGUAUACAGACUUGGAAGAAAUAUGGAAUUCUAAAGCUGCAUUUGUACAUGUGAAUGUAAAUACGUUUGUUCAUUCUUCUAUUGAAACAAAUAAAGAUGCAAUAUUGUUAAA